AUGUCUGACAAAACCAGCCUCAAUUCCCAGGUGAAUGCUACCAAGUGCAGCAGCUCCAAAACCGUGGACCCCGAAGCUGCUUCCAUUGCCACUGUUUCCUCUUCCACGCCACUUGUCAAGAAGCAAGAAAAGAAGCAAUCGGAAGGGACAGAAAUUGACGUCAAAAAGCUCCAAGAGCAGGCUCUCAAGUCACAAAUCCGAUUCAGUAUGUAG